GUUGAUUUGUAGUUUGAACACGUGGCUCAUUCAAAAAAGCCGGAAUAGCCGAGGAUUUUUUUCUCCCCCGUCUUCUUCUAGGCUCUACUCAGAGGCGGGCGCCAGCCUUACCGUGUGUGACAUUCUCUGUCUCUUUGCCAAGGGGUUUGGAGGAAGACACAAAGUAGUUUCUCCUCCUUUUCGCCCAGCCCGCCAUCGUUUGGAGACACGAGAUUAAUAAUUGAGAAUUUAUUUUUUGCGCGAUAGAGAUAGAGGGUCAAGGGAGCGCAAACGCACUGUGAGGUUGCCAGUUAAAUCUAUCUGUGGCUUGAACGACCGGGAAGCACGCCACGGCCACUCCGUAGUAGUAAAGGCGAUUUAGGCUACUCCAAACACUGCACAUCCGACAGAGCGAAUAACUAUCUCUCCCCAGCGUAAAGAUUGUCCUUUUCGGCGCAGAACAUGAAUAAGCUAUACAUUGGCAACGUGAGCGAAGAGGCGAGCGCGGAGGACUUGGAAACUAUCUUUGAGCAGUGGAAGAUUCCGCACAGUGGUCCAUUUCUUGUCAAAACUGGCUAUGCGUUCGUGGAUUGCCCGGACGAGAAGGUUGCAAUGAAGGCCAUCGAUGUUCUUUCAGGUAAAGUUGAACUUCAUGGAAAAGUUCUCGAAGUGGAGCACUCGGUUCCUAAACGUCAAAGGAGCUGUAAGCUGCAGAUCAGGAACAUCCCGCCUCACAUGCAGUGGGAGGUUCUGGACGGUAUGCUCGCUCAGUACGGUGCAGUGGAAAACUGUGAACAAGUGAACACCGACACAGAGACUGCAGUAGUCAAUGUUCGAUACGCAGCCAAGGACCAGGCCAGGCUGGCGAUGGAAAAGCUGAAUGGAUUUAUGAUGGAGAACUAUGCCCUGAAGGUGUCCUACAUCCCAGAUGAGACGGCUGCAGCAGAUGCCCCUGCAGGGGGGGGCAGGAGAGGCUUCUCUCCUCGUGGCCCCCCUCGUUCCGGCUCUCCAAGUCUUGGUGCCCGACCCAAACUGCAGUCCGACGUCCCGCUGCGCAUGCUGGUCCCCACACAGUUUGUAGGGGCGAUUAUCGGCAAGGAGGGUGCCACUAUCCGCAACAUCACCAAACAGACGCACUCAAAGAUUGACAUCCAUAGAAAAGAGAAUGCAGGUGCAGCAGAGAAACCCAUUACAGUCCACUCCACUCCCGAAGGCUGUUCCAGCGCUUGCAGAACCAUCAUGGAGAUCAUGCAGAAAGAGGCCCUCGACACAAAGUUUACGGAGGAGAUCCCACUCAAGAUUCUUGCACACAACAACUUUGUUGGCCGAUUGAUUGGGAAGGAGGGACGCAACCUAAAGAAGAUCGAGCAGGACACAGAGACAAAGAUCACCAUCUCACCUCUCCAGGACCUCACUCUAUACAAUCCAGAGCGGACCAUCACAGUGAAAGGCACCAUUGAAGCUUGCGCAAGAGCAGAGGAAGAGGUGAUGAAGAAGAUCAGGGAAUCGUACGAAAACGACGUGGCUGCCAUGAAUCUUCAGUCUAACUUGAUUCCAGGCGUGAACCUGAAUGCUCUCGGUCUGUUCCCCAGUGGAGGUCCAGGCAUGGGACCCUCCAUAGUCAAUGCCCCAGCUCCUGGAGCCCACGCUGGAUACUCCUCAUUUGGACAGGUACAACCAGAGUCGGAGACGGUUCACCUGUUCAUCCCAGCGCUCGCAGUAGGAGCCAUCAUUGGCAAACAGGGUCAACAUAUCAAACAGCUGUCACGCUUUGCUGGAGCCUCCAUCAAGAUUGCCCCUGCAGAAGGAAUGGAUGCCAAACAGAGGAUGGUCAUCAUUGCUGGACCACCAGAGGCUCAAUUUAAGGCUCAGGGUCGCAUCUUCAGCAAGCUGAAGGAAGAGAACUUCUUUGGUCCCAAGGAGGAGGUGAAGCUGGAGGCUCAUAUCAAGGUGCCCUCCUUUGCUGCUGGACGAGUCAUUGGAAAGGGCGGCAAAACGGUAAAUGAGCUACAGAACCUUACCAGUGCAGAGGUGGUGGUGCCCAGGGAGCAGACGCCUGAUGAGAAUGACCAGGUCAUAGUCAAAAUCAGCGGACACUUCUAUGCAAGCCAGCUGGCUCAGAGGAAGAUUCAGGAGAUCUUGUCCCAGGUGAGGAGGCAGCAACAGCCCAAGCCCACGACCGGGGCCCAACCUUCCCAACUGCCCCGCAGGAAGUAAAAACCCAGCGGUCCUGGGGGAAUGGUGACUGAAUCUGCCCGAAGACAGACAGAUGGACAGAUGCAGCAGAGUCCAGGGGGGAGAAGACAAGUGGUCGCCAUGUUCAUCUCAGGGGUUAGAGGUCAUCGGAACCUAGCCAAACAUCCACCCCUCCUUGUCCUGUUCGAUGGACUUGAAGUGCGGCUAUGAGACCCUACACCCCUACUCCUCCACCCUUCUCCCCCCACCCACCUCACCUCUCUGCAUCUCUGUGAGAAUGUACUUCUGAGGGCGCUCAACAACGUCACCUGCCCUCACAUGUACACACCCCUCGCCCGCUCUCCCUCUCCCCCCCACGGGUGUGUUCUGAAUUUUUUUUGUUUGUUUUUUUGUUUUUGUUCUUUGUUUUUUUUUUUUUUUGUUUUUUUGUUUUUUUUUGACACUAGAAACACAAAGAUGAAAUAAGGAUCCCCCUCCCAUCACCUUCCUGGUGUGGUACUCUAAACCUCACACAUUGACAAGAUGUUUCGUUUACUUCAGUUGUAGUUGAUUUUUAUUUUUUAUUUUAUUUUUUUUUCUUUGUCCUGGAAUGGAGUGUUUAAUUGGUUGAAGCUUUCUCUCCUGAGUUUUCUGUGGAAAGGAAAAGGCAUUGCUAUCAGAGUCCUUUUAGGACCAAGAGAAAGGUUUAUUUGGGGGGAGGGUUGGCUCAGACCGGGUGGGCCACUUUUAGGGGUAAGAUUCUUGUUUUGGGACAGGACCCCCAAAAGGGUGGAUUAUAUGGGGCGUCCUGCCCCAGUAUCGAUAGUGGCAUUUUAUAAAUUCGGAUGCAUUUUAUAGAUAGACCUAUAUACAUAGAUAAAUAUAUAUUUAGAGAGGUGAGGGCAGCGCCACAAUCGACACUUAGGGGAACGGUGCCGAACUGCUGCUGCCCAAGAAAACCAAUUUAAUAUGCAUUUUACUGAACUACCUCAGGAUCUAGUACCUCAGAAGAGAAAAGAAAAUGAUUAUAUAUGAAAAAAAUGUUCCUUUCUUUUUUAUUUUGCUUUUGUGGUAUUUUGUAUACUUUAUAAAGCUGAUAGUUCUUGAACAUUUUUAUUUUUUUAAGAAAAUUUAAAAUUUGGUCGGCUGCCAACUGACCUUGCCUUCAACUCUGGCGCUUUAGGCGGCAUUGUACAUGUGUAUGUGUGACUAAGAUGACCCUGUACAUAAAGUCUAUCUGUACAUAGCAGCCCCGGAGCAAGAGUUGGCGACCCCUCAGCUGGCGGCUGGCAGGAGUAUCAAGAGAAAAUCACCUCAGUUUUUCCCCUGAGGGUCCACCAUCUUCUUAAAAAUGUACAAAACAACUUAUAGACAUGCCGAAUAAUGCCAACCGUACAUAAUUGCAGCAAUGCCGUUUAGUUUUGGGAUUGACAUUCUUAUUGUUAAUGGUACUUUAAUUUAAAUUUUCCCCCCUUUUACCUUCCUAGAAGGGCUGUGGCCAGGGCUGUGCAGGAUGGCCUUGUAACGGCCCUCUCUGUCGCCGCUGCAGAGACGGCAGAGCAUCUGAUUUCUUUCUGUUCUGUUUCCAGGCCAUCCGCUUAAGGAUGUUGAGCCACCUCCUUGACUACAGCAGCGUCUUAGCAAGGUCCCAGCCCGACUAGGUUUAUUUUCAUAGAGCAAGCUUUGUCGGUUUGAAGUGGCCCUCGUAGCCAGGCCACUAAGUCAAUGUUAGCAUCGUUCACUGCAUGGUGAGGGUAGGGGGAGUCACACUGAUAGAUGCUUUUCAUUUUUUUUUUUGUUUUUGUUUUUGUUUUUUGCUAUAGGAAUACGAUAUAAACAAAGGACAUUCUGUGUAACCCACAAAUGUAACUUGAAGUGACGUUUCAAUUUGUUGUUCACACAGGGAAAAGCAAGCCAGAAAAGGCACAGAAAAUUUACUGAAUGAACCUUGAUUGGGGUGAGAAAAGAAGAAAAGUAUCCAACAACUUAAAUAUACCAAGUUUAUUUCAUUUUUUUGUUUUUUCAUGCCGAAUGUAAAUAUGUUGAUUGUGGUAAAAGUGCUCGAGUGUAUCCAUGCUUCCACAGUAGAACGCCGUCUACCUCAGCUGAGGGGGUGGGGGGGGUGUUGUGGCAGUAGGCGCCCUGCCCUGCCCCCCACCAAGCGCCAGCGCGCACUGUUACCUCAGUCCCCUGGAACACUUCUUUCUGCAUGGGCGUGCAAUGCUAACACCGCGCUUACCUGAGGGGCACAAGUGAUACUUAAAAUUAUCCCAACCAACCGCACCCCCCUCCCCCUCCCCCCGCCCCCCGCACCCCGACUCGACCCACCACCCGCUUCCCUCCUGCCCAUCCUGCCCCCCUCCGCAGUUUGUUUUGAUCUACCUCUUUAGACACGUAUUUGAAUUAGAGGCAUUCUUCUAUUUGUUAGUUUUUAGGGUCCCCCCCUCACGCCCCUUCCCUUUGCUCCUCCCCAACGCUUCCCCAGAUAUGAAUGAAAACUUAAAUAAAAUCAUGUACUCUUUAGAAAUGAAAGAAUAAUCGAAAAGUGAUCAAAAAUAAUUUUUUUUGCCAGCGUUUAUAUAUACUCUUCUAGCUUAAUUGAUUGAAAUCCUCAAACAUGAUGCUUAUUUCUUUCUGCUUUCUAUUUUUUGGUGGUGUGGCUUCCAUGUAUUUGAACUUUUGCUUGGGUUUUUUGUGAAAAGGUCAAAUCACCUGUUUGAUUUUGCAUUCAAUAGAUGAAAGGAGUAAACACAGUUUAAAAAAAUGGCCUGCCUUUUUUUGUUCCUGGUUUGUAAGAUUAGAAAAGAGAUACAAAGUCCAGUCAUUUUUUUUUUCCUUUGUCUUUCACGGAUGCUACACUCACUCGCUGAUUUGGUAGCUAUUUGUUCUGUUAGCAUUUCUUGGCUGUGUAACGUGGAACAUCCUGUUUGUAUGGGACAGAUAUGAGGGACUGGGUCUGGGAGAUUUUUGGAGAAAUGGUCUAACUUCAGCUUGAUAUCCCCUCCUCCCCCUCUCUGCGACCAUGCUUGUGCCCCUUCACCUCCCCCUCACACAGCUCCACUUGUCAAAUGCCUCUGAAUAAAAAAAAAAAGAAAAAAAAAAAAGAAAUGGGCUCUUAUGUGCUUAGCCUUUUUAUUGUUG